GAGGCCAUUGCGGACGUGAAGAAAAUCUCCCUUUUGUGGACCUUGACUUUCCUGAGCAUGGAGAGAGCAAAGGACAAAGAGUGCAACUCUGCAAAGAAGUUAGCAGAAGAAAGUAAUAGUUGCACAUCCAAAGCCAUGUCAGCAGAAACUGAAGAAGAGGAACAGGGGGCUUCUGGUGAAGCAAGUAUGCAAAAUAACUCAAGGAAUGAGGCCAAAAGAAAAAGAUCAAUGAAAAAUGACGAAGCUACCUGUCCGAAAAAGAUGCCUCAGUGUUGUAGCGGUAUGAAACCUCAGAAGAUGCAGAUUCCUCCACUCCCUUCUAUCCUCCCACCGGCCAACCUGAUUCACAGAGACGUUCUUCGGGCUUGGUGCCAGCAAUUAAAAUUGAGCACCAAAGGCCGGAAACUGGAUGGAUAUAAACGACUCUGUGAACAUGCUUACCCUAAUCAAAAAGACUUCCCUGCCACAGCAGAGGAAGCCAGGAUCCUGUCACCAUCAAGAAGAAAGUUAAUGAUGGACAGGGGGGAGCUACCGCUGGAGGCUUCUGAUAAAAAGAUGUCUUUUGGAGGUGCUGCUCCUGCUGGUGGGGCACCUGCCCUUGAAGGAGCUGCUGCUCAUGAGGGAGUUGUAUCAACUUCUGACACAGAAGCUGUGUUUGCUUCCUGGAGUAGGAUUGUGUCCGAGGCCGGGAGGGUGCAAGCAGUGGAAUCACGAGAGACUUGUGAGGUCAAGUGGUGCGUGGUCCAUGGGCGAAGUCUCCCUGGUAACACAGAGGGCUGGGUUCAUUUACAGUUUCAUGCUGGGCAAGCCUGGGUUCCUGAGAAGCGAAGGAGGGUAUCUGCACUCUUUUUGCUACCUGCCAACACGUUCCCACCUCCUUACCUGGAGGAUAAUAUGCUGUGCCCUGAAUGUGUUCAAAGGAAUAAAGUAUUAACGAAAAGCCUGCAAUGAGAGAAAGGGUACAGCUAUGAUUACGAUUAACGAUAGAGUGACUACAAUCAAUGCCAUGGUGCCAUUUGACAGCUGAACUCGGGCCAGGGAGCUCCGUGUUCUCCAUGCUUCCUGCUUACAUGGUGCACAGCCUGGUGGGUUGCAUGAAAAAAAUCCUGUGAACUCCUAGACAGGAAGCAAAAGUGGAAGCAGCUGCUCUCCAGAGAUUCCCAGCCCCAAGACAGCAGAGGAGAAAGGAGAUGGGGACAUUUUCAAAAUACUAAUUUCUGGAGUUCCC